AUGGGGUCGACGGAAGACCCCGACCCUAGCUUCAAGGAGAUUCCAGAGUACGAGAACGCCGACGAGGGGGUGAUACUCCAUGAAGGGUCAGACUUAUUCGCAGAAGACGUGGAAGCCGAAAUGGCAGUGUUGCCAGAGGUUCCGUGGACGGCAGAAGUGAAGAUCGAGGAUCUCAAAAUCGGGCGUCCGGAAGGGGUUGACCCGGAGGGAGCUGUAGAGAUGGAAGAACGGCUGCGCCAGAUCGUCUGGAAGAAGCGUAAAUGGAAGAUCGGGAAGGGCAACGCUCUACCACCUGCAGCGAAGGGUGUCAUCUGCGACAUCGAUGUGGGAAACGCGAGGCUCGUCGCACAACGCGUCCGGAAGACCUCGUCGCAGUUUCGCGAGAAACUAGCCGAUCUGAUCCGAGGACUUCUCAGCGCGCGUAUGAUCCGCGCGUCGAAGUCACCUUGGGCUUCCCCCAUCGUCGUCAUCGUGAAGAAGAAUGGCGUCGACAUCAGACUCUGUGUUGACUACAGGUUGGUCAACGGUUUGACCCAUUUGAUGGUGUACCCCAUGUCACUGGUCACGGACCUCUUGGAAGACUUGGAUAAAUACCGAUGGUACUGUUCCCUAGACAUGGCCAGCGGAUUUUGGGUAGUCUCGAUGACGAACCAAGCCCGUCUCAUCUCCGCGUUCAUCACACCAUUCGGGCUGUUCGAGUGGCUGCGUAUGCGAUUCGGUUUAUGCAACACGCCACAGAUAUACCAGCGGUUGACAGACAACGCGCUGUACGGCUUCUGGAAACUCUCGCCAACUGAAGAUACGCGCGACGUUUUCCAGGACGGGGUCCCGUCCAAGCCUGGAACACGGUCCGUGCUUCGUCGACGGUUCUAUAUUGACGAUAUUCUGAUCGAGGGAAAGUCUUGGGAUGACUUGUGCGAGAAGGUGGAGCGUCUCCUCGAAGUUUGCGAGGAGUGGCACCUGUCGAUCAGUAUCGAGAAAAGCGAAUGGGGGAUGCCAAGAGUCGUGUCGGCCGUCCUCACUCAAGAGCAUGACGUAGUGUACAUGCCCGUCAAGUUCACUAGACGGACGUUGAAGCCCAACGAUCUGAACUACAACAUCACCGAGAAGGAGAUCCUAGCGCUGUUGCGCGUCUUGAACGAGUGCCACAACAUGCUGGUGGGAAAGCCGAUACCCGUGUUGACCCGACAUACAACCCUGGGUUGGCUAUUUCGAUCUAAAGGGCUGCAAGGUCGUCUGUCGCAAUGGGCCGCCAUCCUCUCCCCCUGGUGA